CCUUCAUAUGCGCUGUGUAAACAAACACACACUGGGCAUGCGUGACUGUAAUAAUGGAGGACUGUCUUUUCUAGCCGGACUGAUGUUGUCCGUAUUGCAACUCUGUUACCUGUAAUCGGAGAGAAAACAACUGCCCUUCAUUUCAGCGUGUAGUUGAGGUCACAAUAAGACUCCCAAGAUGACCACAGACACGCCAGCCCAAAGUGUGGGCUGCAGGGUAAUGACCUUCACCCCCUCCAAAGAGGAGUUCAAGGACUUUGGACGUUACAUUGCCUUUAUGGAGUCACAAGGAGCGCACAGAGCUGGGAUGGCAAAAGUUAUUCCUCCUAAAGGCUGGAAGCCCAGAAAGACUUAUGAUGAUAUCGAUGACCUGGUGAUUCCCGCUCCCAUCCAGCAGGUGGUUACCGGCCAGUCAGGACUAUUCACACAGUACAACAUCCAGAAGAAGCCGAUGACUGUUCAUGAUUUCCGCAAGACCUCUAACAUGGACAAAUUCUGCAGUCCACGAUACGUUGAUUUUGACGAGCUGGAGAGGAAGUUUUGGAAGAACCUGACCUUUAACCCUCCACUUUACGGUGCUGAUGUCAGCGGAACGCUAUAUGAUCCAGAUGUGACUGAAUGGAACAUUGGUCACCUCAACACUAUCCUGGACAUUGUGGAGAAUGAGAGUGGCAUCAAGAUCAAGGGAGUCAACACGCCGUACCUGUACUUUGGGAUGUGGAAGAGCGCUUUUGCGUGGCACACAGAAGACAUGGAUCUAUAUAGCAUCAACUACCUGCACUUUGGAGAGCCAAAGUCCUGGUAUGUCGUCCCACCAGAGCAUGGAAAACGGCUGGAAAGGCUCGCCAAGGGUUUCUUUCCAGGUAACGUCCAGGGCUGUGAAGCCUUCCUGCGCCACAAGAUGACUUUAAUUUCCCCAUUCAUCCUGAAAAAAUAUGGCAUACCAUUUGAAAAGGUCACUCAGGAGGCCGGGCAGUUCAUUGUGACGUUCCCCUUUGGUUAUCACGCUGGUUUCAACCACGGCUUCAACUGCGCCGAGUCAACUAAUUUUGCCACUCAACGAUGGAUCGAUUACGGCAAACAAGCAACGCUGUGUUCAUGCCGGCAGGACAUGGUGAAGAUCUCCAUGGACGUAUUUGUACGCAAGUUUCAACCUGAACGUUACAAGCUGUGGAAGGCAGGGAAAGACAACGCUCCCAUCGACCACUCCAAGCCCACGCCAGAGGCCGCAGAGUUUCUGAAAGAAGACAAAAAGCUCGAACCUUCAAAGGAGAGUCCCGCUGAGGUGCCACCCGAGGAGCCCAACACUCCUGUCCAGGAGGACAAAAGUCCAGAGCCUCAAACUGGGACAAAACGUCAGCUUGAAGCUGUCAAAGCUUCUGAAGAUGUCAAAGCUUCUGAAGAUGUCAAACCUGAGCUGCCAGUGAAGGAGGUGGAGCCAAAUGAGGUGGAGGUGGAGCCAAAUGAGGUGAAGGUGGAGCCAAAUGAGGUGAAGGUGGAGCCAAAGGAGGUGGAGGUGGAGCCAAAGGAGGUGGAGGUGGAGCCAAAGAAGGCCAAGCUGUCACGUAAGGAGUCUCCAACUAAAGUGACCAGCAAGGCAGAAAAAGACACAGUGAAAGUCAAGGAGGUGAAGAAAGAGAAAGGGACCAAACCCCAGUCUAAAUCUCAGUCCAAAGCCAAUGCCAAGAAAACGUCGAACAGACGAAGUCCGCUGAAAAAAGAGAAGAACUGCGUGGUGGCUAUGGACGUCUCUGCUUCUGAGCCCACCGAGAACCAGGUGGUUUCUCUGGGCGCUGAGGAGACCGGUGGAAGCGAGGAGCCUCCACUGGGCAACAGCUGCAGCAAAAUGUUUCAGAGGACGCUGAGUCCCGCAGACGUCCUGCACGUCCACAGCUAUGCCAAAGGAGACUACGGAGACGGAGAAGUGCUGUCCAGAGAGGAGAAGAAGAGUGAGGAUAGCGACCAUGAAACUGAGGAGGACAACAGUCGUGUUGGCAAAGCAGUGAGUGGACAUAUAUUUAACAUUCAGGUGGCAAAAGUGAUGGCAGGAGUUCGAGAGUUUGAGACUGACCUUGGGCAGCUUCCAGGACACCAUCCACUCAUAAAAGACGGCAUGAGUGAUGAAGAGACUCCAGAAGAGCCGCCCCCAGUGGAGGCAGGGGGUGUGGAGGGUGAGGGCUGGGCCAAGCCUCUGGCUCACCUGUGGCAGAGCAGGCCACCCAACCUGAAGAAAGAGAGGGAGUACAACCAGCGAAUAGGCUCCAAACCUCCAUACUGCUCCAUCUGUUUGCUCUUCCACACGUACCACCAGACUGAAUGUGCGAACAGCAUCGACACGCACGUCAUGGUGGCCGGGGAGCGGAUGCGAACCAAACCUCUGAUUCCUGAGAUGUGUUUCACCACCACCACAGAGGACGACGCUGAGUGUGAAGAGCAACCGGUCCCUCCUCGUCUGGAAGAAGAUGGAACCAGUCUCCUCAUCAGCUGCUCACAGUGCAGCGUGAGAGUUCAUGCAUCCUGUUACGGUGUCGAUCCAGCCAGUGUGAGCAAGGAGUGGAAGUGUGCACGCUGCAAGGCCAACGCCAUGACUGAGAAUUGCUGCCUGUGUUCAUUGAGGGGCGGAGCUUUGCAGAAAGCCAACAAUAACAAGUGGGUACACGUGCUGUGUGCGGUCGCUGUGCUGGAGGCGCGCUUUGUCAACAUCACAGAAAGAAGUCCUGUGGACUUGAGUGGGAUCCCUCUGCAGAGAUUCAAACUGAAAUGUUACUACUGUAAAAAGCGGAUGAAGAAGGCGUCUGGCUGUUGCGUGCAGUGCUCUCACGGGCGCUGCCCCACCGCCUAUCACCCCACCUGUGCACAGGCCGCCGGGGUACUGAUGCAACCAGAUGAAUGGCCGUUUGUGGUACACGUUACCUGCUGUCGACACAAAGGUCCCGCUCAGAUUGAGCGCAAUAAGGCAGCCAUGCACGAGCUGACCGUGGGACAGAAGGUCAUAUGCAAGCACAAGAAUGGGCGCUACUACCAGUGUGACGUGGUGCAGCUGUCCAAAGAGACGUUCUAUGAGGUCAACUUUGAUGAUGGUUCUUUUAGCGAUAACCUUUUCCCCGAGGACAUCGUGAGCCGAGACUGCGCUCAGCUUGGACCACCACCGCAGGGUGAGGUGGUUCAGGUGAGAUGGACGGACGGCCUGGUGUACGGGGCCAAGUUUGUGGCAGCUCAUGUCAUUCAAAUGUACCUGGUGGAAUUUGAGGACGGAUCACAACUAACAGCCAAGAGAGAUGAUGUCUACAGUCUGGAUGAAGAACUCCCCAAGAGAGUUAAAACCAGACUGUCGAAAGCAUCGGACAUGAGGUUCGACGGGAUCUUCGAGGAGAAGGAAAUCAUUCAGGAGUCAAAGAGACAGAGAGUAAUCAACUCCCGUUACAGGGGGGACUACAUCGAGCCUGUGAUUUACAGAGCCAUCAUGGAGUAACGGCCACUUCCUGUCUGCCCACCCACUCACCAGCAGCACUGACAGACUGAACUGUGCUCACUGUACCUUAACUUAGCAGCUAGCCGCAGAGAGAGUGUAGCUCCAGAUGACUUCCUUCAGGACCCGCUUUGGACUGUUCUCUUUUUUACUCUCCUGUCUGUAAGUCGAGGAGACGGCAGUAUUGUUUAAUUCAGUUUUUUCCAUACGAGUCCACAGGCGGGCCGAAUCCAAGCCCAGCAGCACGCAUCAGAAGGAAGCAAUACAAAAAGGCAUUGCAUCAGUCAAGUAGCAUUUUGACACAGAGAUGUCAAUUUAAAAAAAAAAAAGAGGUUUUCAAUCUGCUCUAAACAUUUCAGUCACCUCUGCCACCUUAGUGUUAAUCUACGUUUAAAGCAAACUCUCAGCUUUAUUUCAUUUCUGUCCUUCUACCAUUAGUGCCUGUGAUACACGGAGCCCGGCAAGUAACAGCUCAGCUACUUUUUAUACGCUUGUAUUUACAGUUUCUGAAUGUCUGAAACUACCAGCAUUAUCCAAAAUUUUCACUCUUAAAUUUCACCGAUAACACUUGAGGGUAUGAUUUGUUACCCUACACUCGACUGUUUUGUAGCGCAGGAACAAACACACCAGAUCCCGUCUGUGUUUGACCUCUGUACCCGGUUUCCCACUGGUCCAGUACUCUUCUCUACACUAGAGAAAAACCAAAACACUCAAUUGUUCCAAAAGUUGGACUUGCUAAGGAAGUGCGUGUGGAAGGAGCUAGUGCUACAUGUGCACGCCAAGAUUUCCUUCACAGAAAUAUUACCGCAGUUACUGCUGCGUCAUGUUUGGUACUUCUGAGCAAAGACUCCGGGGGAGGCUCAGCACUUCCUGCUCAAACUAAGAACGAGCAUCUUUUUAAAAUGAUCACAGACAGACAGUAUCGUCCCUUCUUAAACAUCAUUUAUGGAGAUGUUUAGCAUUAAAUGCAGAAAUCUUCCAUAUUUGCUGACAGCAGCAGCUUCUUUAGGGGGUUUUUGUGUUUAGAGUUGAAGUUGCAAUUGAAACUAUUGCAAAACGAUUGUAUUUUCACUGGUGUAGAAUCAGCUGGACGGCUUACACCUGCUGUUACCUGCAGCAGUGGAAACGCACAGAGAGACAUCAGAAAUCUUAAAGUUUACAGUUAAGGAUUGUUAAUUAUUUAAGGUGUCAGAUGUAAGAGCUGAAUUAACUUUUUUUUACCAGUUACUCAAAGAUUAGUUGGUUAAUUGUUUGAGCUUUUAAAAACUUUACCCCGAAACUUGCCAGGUUUCAAACUUUGAGGAGGUUAGACUGAAAUACUGCCAUAAUCUAAUUUAACACAACUUUGAUUACUUAGACGCAGCAGGAGCCAGCACCAUCGUGUUACAGAAUAAACAGGACCGCCUACUUCACUAAAAGUGGAUCAACUUCGUAAAAAUUUGCAAGUUGUCCAGCCACAAACCGUCAGACUUCCAGCUUGUGAGAUUCAUGUCCUACUACAGAUUGUGGUCACAGAGGAAACCAUUUGUUUCCUUAAAUAGCAUUUCAAAGGUGCAAGAGUGAUGUUGAAGAGUCAGGACAGCUCCUAACCUUAGAAGCUUCUUCAAGCUGUCCUGAUGGUAUUUUUAAAGGUUUAAAACCCUUUAGAGAAACUGUUGAUCUGUGACAGAAACCUGAGGCUUCAGGGCAAAUGUUCACUUUCACAAGCAGGUAGUCAGACCUCGCUGACUGCCAGAUUUUAGUACUCGGGGCUACACUUUUGCAUAAUUUCAUUCAUCACUCAUUACCAAGCUAAACUAGCCAAUUGUUUGCUCUUCUUCCAUUUGCGACCCAUAGAUGUAAAUGAUUCGCAGAGUUGGAGAUUUAAAUUUCCCAGUAAUGGAAAAAUCCAAAAACCACCAACACAGCCCCAAUAAAAACACAAGUCUAUGAAGCCACAGUGCAGGUUACACAGUUACUCUUCAUUGGCAAACCUUACAGCACAUCUGAACUGGUGUUCAGUCCAACUGACACUCUGAUCACCUCUGUUACAAGGAGAUUAUUUUAAACAGCAACCUCAGUGUUUAUCUGUAAUGCAGCUUGAACGCCCGAGUUUCUGUACUGAUACUUAAUCGGUACUUAAAAACAACUAAGACAAACAAAAACUUUGCCUUAAAUCUAUAAUUUAUAAACUGUCAAUAACCUAUAUUUUUACUCUGAUCAGAUGACUCAUAAUCUGAUUAGAUAGGUUUUAGACACAUAGGGAGUAUUUUUAUGGCGUUUUGUGUUCAGUAACAGCAGUAAACAAAAUAUUUUCCACUACAAGUACUUGGGGACAAAUAAAUAACAGAUCAGUGAAAUCUGUUGAUUCUCCAAAGAGCCUCUUCCUGUGGAUGGACUUGAGUUUCAUUGGACUGCAGCCGGUAGUCCUCGUUCAGCUCUAACAUCCUCAGUGAGCUUGAUGUAGUGGCAGAUGGACCCGUACUCCUUCUACUGGUUCUGGUGUCCCUUCAGCUUGCAGUA